AUGCCCAGCGUAAAGAAACCUUUCAAGAUGGUGCCUAGUGUAAAGAAACCUUUCACGGUGAUGCUCAGUGUAAAGAAACCUUUCAAGAUGAUGCUCAGUGUAAAGAAACCUUUCAUGAUGGUGCUCAGUGUAAAGAAACCUUUCAUGAUGGUGCCCAGUGUAAAGAAACCUUUCAUGAUGGUGCCCAGUGUAAAGAAACCUUUCAUGAUGGUGCCCAGUGUAAAGAAACCUUUCACGGUGAUGCUCAGUGUAAAGAAACCUUUCAAGAUGGUGCCCAGUGUAAAGAAACCUUUCACAGUGAUGCUCAGUGUAAAGAAACCUUUCAAGAUGAUGCUCAGUGUAAAGAAACCUUUCAUGAUGGUGCCCAGUGUAAAGAAACCUUUCAUGAUGGUGCCCAGUGUAAAGAAACCUUUCAUGAUGGUGCCUAGUGUAAAGAAACCUUUCACGGUGAUGCUCAGUGUAAAGAAACCUUUCAAGAUGAUGCUCAGUGUAAAGAAACCUUUCAUGAUGGUGCCUAGUGUAAAGAAACCUUUCAUGAUGGUGCCUAGUGUAAAGAAACCUUUCAUGAUGGUGCCCAGUGUAAAGAAACCUUUCAUGAUGGUGCCCAGUGUAAAGAAACCUUUUCAUGAUGGUGCCUAG